AUGGUAAAAGCGGGUAUACUCAGUGCAAAAGCAUCAAUUGCGACUCAAUCACCAUGGGUAAAUCCUUUCAAUAUCAGCAAGGAGGUCAAGAUUGCCGACUUUAGAGGCGAGUUUGAAGUCACCUAUGCUACCUUCUUCGAACUUGGUCCGAGCCAGAUUGGCUUUGAAGGAGAAGUCCAGGUCGCCGACUUUCGUGCUAGAGCUGGCUUGGGCUACAGCCACUACCCAGACAACCAACUUCUUAUCGCAAAGUUCUCAAAAGUUGACCUCCUCGAGAUUAUUCGUGUUGCGGGCCAGGUGGCGGAUAUUCAGCCAUUGAAGGAUAUCAGUGGUGAUGAGGAUACAUUUGUGUUCACUGAUGCAUCCAUGUACAUCUCCACAGGUGGCACCAUCCACAAGAAGGAAUAUCCUCGGGGUAUAUCAGCGGGUGGAAAGCUGACUGCGUUCGGCAAGAGCGCCGAAUUUGAUUUGAAUAUCGCCUCUGCUGGCUUAAACUUCGAAGGCUACAUUGAUAACUUCAGUCUCGGGCCCCUUGCGGUCAGCUCUGCUAGCGGAGAGCCCCGCGCGAGUAUGAUCGUGCUCAUGACCAAGGACCAACAAGUAAUCAAGGUGGACGGGAUGGUGACAUGCUUUGGAAUGGGACUUGUCACCCUCGUCGACAUCCAAAUGGGAACCACGACCCCGUCGUUUGAUGCAUACAUCGCCUUGAACUUUACUGAUGCGUUCAUGAUCAGGUUGCAUACCACAGUCGAGGAUUUCAGCGAAGUCAAGGACCUGGCCAGCACGGGAUUAUAUUUCCAUGCUCAGAUCGAGGGAGACCUUUUUGAGACAAUCUGCAAUAGUAUCAAGGAUUUCCUCAACUCCAUUGAGGAGCUGGGCACGCAGGGCAUUGAAGCUGUCGAAAACAUUAUCGGUGCCAAGCUGGCCGAGAAAGAAGCGGAGAUUAAAAAACUUGCCGAUGGCCUGAAGCAGGCUCGACAGACGAUGGAAGAAAGACAAUAUGAUCGGAGAAAGAACAUGGAGAAAGAGGAAAAGAAACGGUAA